GUUUGUCCAUCUGUCCUGUGAAACCUGUACCAGAGUAAUUAGUUAACAACAAUACUGAAGCAUAGUCUCCCAGCCAGUCACAGACUGGGAGUAAAGACACACGAGCAAGUACAACAGGGACUUAUCCAACCUUUUCGUCGGCCGCUCCCGAUACCAAAUCUCAACAGAAACUCGAUCGGACUCACCGAGUUAUGGGCGGCGAGACGAAGUACGAGAUCCAUCAAAACGCUUACAUAAAGCUGGUCCUCCACGCCCUAAAGCACAAGACCUCCGCCGUCAACGGAGUCCUCCUGGGCCGGCUCUCCGGCGAUGACACCGUCGAAAUCGUCGACUCAGUCCCUCUUUUCCAUUCCCAGAUCGGUCUUCUCCCUCCCCUGGAAAUCGCUCUUAUUAUGAUCGAAGAGUAUUAUAACGAUAAAGGGUUGAGCAUUGUGGGCUAUUUUCAUGCGAACGAAAGAUUUGAUGAUUUUGAGCUAAGCAAUGUGGCGAAGAAUAUUGGUGAUCACAUUAGCAAAUAUUCUCCUGGAGCUGCUUUGCUUUUGCUGGAUAACAAAAAGCUUGAAGCUCUGCCGAAAGGGAAAGAUGGGAAUCCUGUGAUGCAGCUUUACACAAAGGAUACAUCUAGGAGUUGGAAGCUAGUUGGAUCAGAUAGGCUGACUGUCAAGGAGCCUUCAGCCAAUGUGAUCCUUUUGGAUUUUAUAUCAUCUAAGAAAUGGAAGGAUAUCACAGAUUUCGAUGACCACCUUGAUGAUAUUAGCAAGGACUGGCUAAACUCAGACCUUUUCAACUAAAGUUCGAUUUCAGAGUCAUUUUGUUCUCUGCAACUGCUGGCAAUUCUUAAUUAUUUUUCUCAGUGGCAUUGAUAAGAGAUUGCAACACCAAUUGCUCUCUGAAAGACCUAAUAUGAUGAAGAUCAAUACUUUAAGCUGGCGUAGAAGAAACAUUUUUCAUGGUGUAUUUGAUUGUCAAUGGUUCUUUGGUAGUAUAACUUUCAAAUAGAAACUGGAUAUUUACCUUUGAAGAAUAGCUUGUGUAUCUGAUACCUUAAAAAUAUUUAUCUUAGAAGAAUUUGAAGAUUCUGUUUGCAGUGCAGCAGAUCGCGGUGUCUUCAUUGGGAAGAUACCUCCUAUUUUCUGUGGUGUUUUGUGUUGUUAUGGAGGUGAAAUGGAUAAUACCCCUUUUCUUAUCA